GCGCCAAAGCCGCGACUCCGGGGCCCCUGGCCUUCCGCGUAAUGCGGCCUGGUUCAGGGGGGAAAUGAUUGACGAUGGCCUUUGAUGAUUGAAAAUCAACAGCAGGAGCAAUCGCGUCACAAAUCGAUAACCACAACGAUCCAAGCACCAACCUGGACCACAAACUCGUACACGCACAGAAGGGGAGACAUAGAGCAACAAAGCGCUGAUCAGGCAAUCAGCCAAAACGCGAAGGACACGUAGGCACUGUGAAUUGUGCACCGCACUGCACUCCCUCAAGGAUAGAAGCACAUAGGGGUUUACAUUGUAAUUGCAAGUGAAACUACUCCCGUUCAAGUGAGUCGAGUCCACCAGAGGCUAGUCGGGGCAGAGCCCCAUUUCAGGCCGAAGCGGAGGGCGAGGAGCAGUGAAAGGAUGUUGAGGCCGCGGGUCUGUCGGCAGCUGCUGCUGGUGGUAAUGAUAACAAUGAUGCUGGUGGGGCAAGGCCAAGCGGAUCUGGCAGUUGCAGGAGAAGCAGAAGCAACAGCUGCUGGUGGAUUCUCCCAACCAGCUAGAGCUCGCAUCAAAGCGGAAACGGAAACCAUGAUGGCUGGUGACAGUUUCAACAUUCGCCACGGGCGCUCUCGUUCCCAUAUGCUGCUCCACAACAGCGGCAGCAGCAGCAGCAGCAGCAGCGGCACUGGCAAUACUAACAGCACUUUGAAUCCGCCCACCCAGUUUCCAUUUGCAGAGUAUACAACAAGCUCUAGUCCUCCAGUCACGCAUAAAAUACGCAAAUUGCACAAAAAGAAAAUCAAUGAGAGCAUACGUAAAAGCGUCGACAAGAGCCUCGGUAUGGUGCGCUCGGCCAAGAAUCACCGUAGUUUGGCAGAGGCUGAGCAUCUGCAGGGUCGCCCCACCAACGACGGCAGUGAAGGGGAAGAUGAGGCGUCGGCAGCUUUAAGUGAGGUCAUGCAAUUGGCGGAUGAGAUUGAUUUGGAAAACUCAUUAGAGUCGGCUUACUUGGUUGGCGAUGAGCCGCAGCCGGAGUCAGAGUCAGGGCAAGGAACAGCCAACGGCAUGGAGACGGACACAACUAUCGCGCCAAUUCCCCUAGCAGUUGCCAUGUCAACAACGCGACAGGCCACAGGUGCAGCUGAUGAUGGAGCUUUGGGUAUCAAUCCAGGCCGGCAAUUUGUGCGUGCCAACAUUGAUGAUGCCAAUUAUGAAGAGGACAUGGAUUCAGAUAGGAACGGGGGGGAUGGCAACAGCAUGAAUGAUGAUGAUGAUGAUGACGAUGAUGAUGACGACGACGAAGAGCUAUCUCCGUCGACGACCACAUCACCGAUGAGAACGGCGACAUUUGCGCCUCGUGAUGGCACCGCAAAUGGGGCAAGAACGCGCCUGGUGCCAGUGAAUGGUAAUAGCAGUUGGUCAAUGAAGAGUGGUAAAGGAGGACUCCCAUUGAGCACCGAAGAGUCUACGGAAUCCGAUUACCACAUAGAAGAGACGCAGCUUCAUAUCGAACACAAUGCCCGAAACAAUGAAGUCGAUGAUGAUGAUGAUGUUGAUAAUAAUGAUGCAGGGGACAGCGAUAAUAAUAAUAAUGGUGAGUCCCGGGCCAAGUUGCUGGCUGGAGAACUGCAACAGCUCAACGACAGUAGUAGCAGUGAUGCAGCCACCACCACCACUGAGUGGGACUUGCUGGAAGAGCAGCACAACAAUGCAAAUGAACCCGAGGCCGAGGCACGCUCGCAGGCCAGCAUGGAGGUCAAACAGAUCAACUUCGAGGCUGAAGGCGAAUCUGAAACCGCGAUGGACACUUCCGAGGUAACAAUGGACGACGGUUAUCCGCCAGAGGUAUUAAUAGACGACAACACCAAGCAGUUGGUCAUUGGCGAUGUCGAGGGUGAUAGUUUGGAUGCAGAUAACAUGGAGUCGAAUAAGAUAACGGCCGAUGUGAUCAAUGCGAGAGACAGUAAAAUUGAUUUAGUAUCCAAAUUUCUGCAAUACAUUGAGCAGCAGCAUCUGAUGGGCUCAAACUGUGUGGCAGGCACAUCGCUGAACCUGGGUGAGGGCGUGGUCGACCGAUAUGCGCAGGAUCGAUUCCGUGUGGAGGCUGAGGUGGCGGUCAAUCGCGCAAAUAUGCUGACCAGAAUCUUUAAGACAACCGCCCGCUCGGUGCAGGAGGAUGUCAACCUGCUGCAUGCCUCGGUCCUGUCAAUGGUGGAGUUCGAUGAUGAUAUAUUUGCCGCCGGAAACUGCUUCGAUUGGAACGAGCAUCCAGCCCAGCCUGGACUGUUUUGCCCAUUCGCAUAUCGACUGCCUCCACCGAAUUUGGGAGCAAUUUUCGCCAAGGAUCUGGCCAUGGAAUAUCAUUAUCUGGGCAAUACAUCUGAAUGGUUCUUUUUGGCGCGCAAGAAUGCCGAGAAGGUGAUAGCGCGCAAUGAGCAAUAUUUAAAGUCCUUUCAUCUUUACUCCAAUCGCACCGAGGAGAGAAUCGAGGACGAUACUUUGGCUGUGAAAUAUGAGGACGGCAGAUGGUCGAAACCAUAUUACGAUUGCGGCGGUGGCAAUAUAUGGAUGCUAACCUAUACGGUUCCAUUCUUUGGCUUUGAGAACGGCAGCUAUCAUUUCAAAGGCACAUCUGGCAUCGAUAUCGACUUGCGGCGCGUGGACAUCGACCAGUGCCCCCAGCGUCACACUCCGGGCACGAAGCGACCGCUAAACAUCUUUGCCGGCACCGACAAGUGCAAGCAGCGGACCACAAUGUGUGAGGCCAUCAUGGGUCUGGGCUUUCGUCGUGGCUCCUACAAAUGCCUUUGCCGCAAGGGCUUCUACUUUCCCGAUGUGAUAUCACAGCACAAAUUCUUUAACGGCAGCCUCUUGGAGGAGGAGUACGAGAAGCUCAUGCUGGGCAAGAACUCCACAUACAACAGCAACAGCGAGUACGAGUGCCUGCCCUGCGCCGAGGGCUGCGAUUCCUGUGAGGAUGCUUCUCCAUGCAUAGCCGCCCUUAAUUGGCCAAUGCGUACUAGCAUCCUGGCUCUGGCUUGCAUUGUCAUCGGUCUGUUGCCGCCGGCUGCCUGGUUCACCUUUCGCUAUCAGCAAGUCAAGGUUGUUCGAGCCGCUAGCCCAGCAUUGCUCCGGGUCAUUGCCUUGGGUGCAUUCUUCAUAUACUGCACGAAUAUUGUAAUGUAUCCGAAUCCGAAUCUGUAUACCUGCACCGCCCGCAUUUGGCUACGUGAGAUUGGCUUCUCGCUAACUUAUGGUGCUCUGAUGCUCAAGACCUGGCGGAUAUCGGUGAUUUUUCGGGUUCGCUCGGCCAAGGCCGUCAAAAUCACUGAUGCGGCUUUGCUUAAGCGGUUGGGCAUCAUAUGUGGAGCCAUUGGCACUUGCCUGCUGGUACGCACUCUCGUUUCGCCGCCGGAUGUGGUAGUUGGACGCACCGCUGAUGACCUCAAAGCGUUCCUAUGCAAAACGGACUGGUGGGACUAUACAUUCACAUCGAUGGAGGUGUUGUUUCUGGCCUGGGGCGUUCGCCUUUGCAUCAUGGUGCGAAAAGCGCCUUCCGAAUUCAACGAGAGUCGCUUCAUCUCAAUGGCUAUCUACAACGAGUUUCUGCUCACUUGCUUCCUAAACGUGUCCAUGCUCUUUUUGCAAUCUCCAGCCAAUCCGGAUCUGUUGUACAUCAUUUUCUUUUGCCACACUCAACUGACAGUGACGCUGCUGCUGGCCCUCAUUUUUGGCAGCAAGGUCUACAUUGUUCUGCGGAGUGGCAAAUCGCAUCAGGAGAAUAUCGGCCUGGGGGCCAAGGCGUCGGGGGCCAAAUUCAAUUUUCGGCCACAGGUGCGCACUUUCGCGAAUCCCAGUUCGGUGACAACUUCCACAGCUCCAGUGGCGGGCACCACAUCAGCAGAGAACAAAUUGUCCGACCAGGAGGCGUUGGAGGAGAUUCGCCAGCUGAGCAUGCAACUGCAGCGCAUACAGGAGAUGGCCCCACCCAAGGGGGUGGCUGUGAUGACCAUUUCCAGCCUACUGGAUGGACUUAAAACCCCCGGGGGCAUGAUGGUGGUGGCGGCAGCGGCCACCCACGCCUCCUCCCAACAGCAACGAGCUCUGCCCUUGCUGGCCCUCAAUGCGGAGAUGCAAAAAUACAAUCAACAGCAGCUGCAAUUGCAUCAGCACCAGCACCAGCACCAGUAUCAGAACAACAAUGCCAACGGCCGAGGCGGAGGCGGAGGCGGAGGAAGUGGUGUUGGUGUCACACGCACCAGCAUACCCACCAUGGUGCUAGAGACGCCCCCAUCGUCCACCCCGCCAUCGACAGCAUACGAGGAUCGAGCCAUGAAUACCGAACUUAGUGGCGACGACUUCCGUGAGCAAUUGCUGCGUCGCACUGCCGAUGGCCACAUCAUAUGCAGUCGGUGCCUGGACGCGUCCAAAGAGCACUACUAUUGCUGUCCACCGCGCAGCGCUUGCGAGCAGUUGGGGUCGCCGCAGCCGGAAGGCAGCCUUAGUUUUGCGAACAUUAAGCUGGACUGCAUGUGCUCGCAAUCGGAAGAUCUGGAUCAGACGCAACGCCGUCGGCCAGCACUGCGCUCGGCGGCCACCAACACGCCGCCGACCAGCUGCAAGCGCGGCCCACGCAAUCUCCUCGAAGCGGAGGUCAGCAUUUCGUAUCAAAUUUGUGAUAAUUGUAGAAGUAAGUAUAAGCUUAAUGGGCGGAGACGCAGUGGCGAGGAGUCCACCCACCCGGCAACCAGUCUGCCCAGUCAGAUUCGCAGCAGCGAACUGCUGGAUCGCAGUGCAUCGUCCACAGCUGUGGGCAAAAUAACAGCCCACUCUACAGACGACCUUGCCUUGUUCAGCGCCAUCGGCAGCAGUACCACCGUCGAAAGGCAGCUGGAGCCAGCGCGAGAUCCAGACGAUCCGGACCAGCAGCCCAGUGGCACUCCCAUUCCCACUCCCACUCCUGUUCCGGCUCCCGCGCCCUCACUGGGAAACGUGUCGAACGCAUCGAAUAACUCAACUAGCCAAACGGACAAGACAAAUGGAAGCGGUGGAACCACAAGGCCCAAGCGUCCAGAUAAAUUGGUGCUUGAUCUUAACGAUCGCUCGAAAUAUACCAAGGAGGUUUCUGUAUGAAGGGAAAGAUCGGGCUGUCAAAUCGGUUUAGAUUCAAAUGAAGGUAUUGAUUUCGAAACACCAAAUUCAAACUUUGAAUAAUUUCUAAGCAUAUUUGCCCAUUGUUUUCUUAUUUAGCCAACAAUAUUUUUUAAUUGAAACACGGUCAAGGUCAGCUUUAAAUAGGUUCAACCUCUUGCAUUAACUCAAAACAAGUUUCCGAAAAUUCAUUCUAUUGAUUAAGUUUCGUAACCGAUUAGAAACCGAUUUGCGUGCUCGCUUCUUUAAUGGGAAAUGAUAUUAUCUAUGUAAUACAUUUGUGUACUAUUUCUGUAUGUUAUGCCAAGAGUUUAAAAUUACCAAAGACUUUACGAGAUUAUAUAUUAUGCCUAGGUACAUACAUACGUACAUACAUAUGUCGGUAAGUAAGUACUUCUUAGCUAAUAGAUAUUUGUUAUUAUUGCGCUAGUACUAACUAGACUAAUCUAUUGUUAAGCCUAAAACGCCUGUUUUCAGCGAGAGAAGUGAACCGAGAAGAAGCGGAAGGGAAGUGUUGAAUGUUCAAAGUAUUUGCAUUGCUAAGCAAAAUGAUUUGCAACUCUAAUGAGCCCCUUAAAAUGUUGUGAAUAUUUUGCAAAUAACACAGAUACAUAAACACCCUCACACACACACACACACACACACACACACGCAGAUAGAUGGAGCAAACAAACAAACGAAACCAUUUUGUUGAAAAUCAUGUGUUUUAGCUGAAAAUUGAAUUUAUAUUGUAUAUCUAUAAAUA